AAGUUGAUGUAAUCCACUUUAGCUUCAAUGAUUAGUCAAAUUGCCUUUUGUGAAGCGAAAAGUGCCACAUAAAUUUGAACAGAGGGAGUAAUAGUAGUGUAUAUAGUUUCAAUUUCAAAAAAUUAGUAGUUAUAUAAUUUCAUGUCUAGAUUACAGCUGUAUUUGUGCGGAAAUUUAUUGUGUACCAGUUCGUGGAAAAUGAACUGGUGAUCAAGCUUGUGAGCAACAUUUGGUGAUAGUUCAGGUAGGAAACUCAAGAAAUUGGGAUACUUCAGGUGUGUUUUUGACCCCAAUAUGAAGUUGAUCUAAUCCACUUUAGAUUUAAUGAUUAGUCAAAUUGCCUUUGGGAAAGCGAAAAAUGCCAGAUUUGGAACAAAGGGAGUAAUACUAGUGUAUAUAGUUUCAAUUUCAAACAAUUAGUGGUGUAUAUAAUUAAUGUCUGAUUACAGCUGUAUUUUUGUGGAAAUUUGUUGUGCACCUGAUUGUGGAAAAUGCAUUGGUGACAAAACUGUCAGCUUGUGAGCAACAUUUGGUGAUCGUUCAGGUAGGAAACUCAAUAAAUUGGGAUACUUGAGGUGUGUGUUGGACCCAAUAUGAAGUUGAUCUAAUCCACUUUAGCUUCAAUGAUUAGUUAAAUUGCCUUUUGGGAAGCAAAAAAUGCCACAUAAAUUGGAACAGAGGGAGUAAUAGUAGUGUUUAGAGUCAGUGUCUGGAUUACAGAUGUAUUUGUGCGGAAAUUUCCAGUGUACCAGUUCGUGGAAAAUGAAUUGGUGAUCAAGCUUGUGAGCAGCAUUUGGUGAUAGUUCAGGUAGGAAACUCAAGAAAUCAGGAUACUUCAGGUCCAUGAUAUCAGCUUUGCGCAGAUCAGAGUAGAAGAAGCUUUUAGAUCAUGAUAUUUUAUCUUAAAACUGAUGCGAAAUUUAUGAACUCCUUUAUGGGGUAGGAGUGGAACGAGAUGGUAUUGCAAUUCAACUAUCUAUGGACAUGGAAGAGAUACCAGUUGACGGUGGCUUUCUCGAGAAUAGAUACCCCAAUACUUCAUGGUGGCGUUCGGAAUUUGCAGAAAAGCUUGGAUCCGUCUCACUUGAUGGCAAGCAAGAAAUUAUGAGGAAUCGGGAACUAACUGAAAGAGAAUAUGAUAGGUUGUCCUCUCAGAUUGCUUCCCAGAUUUUCUGGAAAACUGGAACACUUUCAGAACCAAUACCAAAUGGUUUCUACUCUGUUGUUCCUGAGAAAAGGUUAAAGGAAUGUUUUGAAGACAUUCCUACGUUGGAUGAGCUUCACGCUUUGGAGCUUGAGGGUUUAGGAGCAGAUGUUAUACUUGUGGAUGCCAAGAAAGACAAGAAGCUCUCAAUGCUGAAGCAACUGAUUGUUACACUGGUGAAAGGUUUGAACUCAAAUCCUGCAGCAAUGAUAAAAAAGAUAGCUGGAUUGGUGGCUGAUGUUUACAAACGACCAAACUCGGAACUAAGUCAUGCUAAAGCUUCACUUGAGGAAGCCUCUCAGAUUUCUGAAAACAAAGGCGUCCAACUGUUGGGUCAAAUAAAGAAUAGUUCAUCCCGUCCUCGAGCAAUAUUAUUCAAAUUGCUUGCAGAUGCUGUAGGUCUUGAAAGCCAGCUAGUUGUGGGUUUGCCUGCUGAAGCAGCAUCUGAGUGUGCAGAAUCGUAUAAGCACAUGUCUAUACUAGUUGUGCUAAAUUCUGUGGAGCUAUUUGUGGACCUUAUUCGUUUUCCUGGUCAACUUAUUCCACGAACAACCAAGUCUAUUUACCUAACCCACAUAGCUGCUGGGGAAAGUGAUUCUGCAGAAAAUGAUUCCUGUGAUUCACCUCUGGAGCCUAAUAGCCCCCUCUAUGAGUUUUCAGAGAGAAAUGAUACUGAUAGUUCUGAGAAAGAUGACAUCCUCCAGUAUCAGAGGAGAUUUGAAUCAUCUUCAAAUGCUGCAGGAUCUUCAUUGAGGAAUAUGAUGUUACGUUCUCACACUUCAAUUGACAGAAAACUGAGUUUGUCUCAAAGUGAACCUAAUACUACAACCAUUUGGAGAAGAGGUUGCAGGAAAGUUAUAACAGAACCGAGGACUGCAAGUUCAAGUCCUGAGCAUCCUUCAUUUAGAGCACAUGUACGGUCCAUGCUUGGUGGUGAUAACAAAACUUCGAGAGGUUAUUCAGAUGAUGUUUCUACUUCAAGGUCAGAAGGUGCACCGACAUCAGAAGUACGGCGAAUACGAAGAAGAAGUAUUAGUAUAACUCCAGAAAUUGGUGAUGACAUUGCAAGGGCUGUUAGAGCAAUGACUGAAGCACUUAAGCAGAACCGACUUUUGAAAGAACAAGGGGAGAAUAGUUCAUAUCAUCACACUUCAAACAAAAAAGAUGGUGCUUCAGAUCUGAAAAAAGAUAUGAGUUCACAGAGAGCAAUGUCAUUACCCUCAUCUCCGCACGAGUUGAGGCGGCAGGUUCCAGAAAGAAGUGGGCCAGACAGAAAGGAUGAUGAAUUGGUCUUAACCUGGAACAGGAUCCAAGAAUCACAUAUGUAUCAGAAUAAGCCUCUUCUACCUUUUGAAGAAUGGAAUAUAGACUUCUCAGAGUUGACAGUUGGAACUCGAGUUGGGAUAGGGUUCUUUGCAGAAGUGUUUCGUGGCAUGUGGAAUGGAACUGAGGUUGCUAUUAAAGUGUUUCUGGAGCAAGAUCUUACUGCUGAAAAUAUGGAGGACUUCUGCAAUGAGAUCUCUAUCCUAAGCCGAGCUCGACAUCCAAACGUUAUAUUGUUCCUGGGUGCCUGUGCAAAGCCCCCACAUUUAUCAAUGGUUACUGAAUACAUGGAGAUGGGAUCUCUAUAUCAUCUGAUCCAUGUAAGUGGUCAUAAGAACAGGCUUAGCUGGCCGAAGAGGCUCAAUAUGCUGCGGGAUAUAUGCAGAGGGCUCAUGUGCUUACAUCGGAUGAAGAUUGUCCAUCGUGAUUUAAAAAGUGCAAACUGCCUUGUGAAUAAGCGCUGGACGGUCAAAAUUUGUGAUUUUGGCCUCUCAAGAAUAAUGACAGAUGCAUCUAUGAGAAACUCAACGUCCGCUGGCACUCCUGAAUGGAUGGCUCCAGAACUCAUUCGUAAUGAACCUUUCACAGAAAAAUGUGACAUUUUUAGCUUUGGUGUGAUAAUGUGGGAGCUUUACACCCUACAGAGACCAUGGGAGGGUGAACCACCCGAACGGGUAAUUUAUGCUGUUGCCAAUCAAGGAUCAAGGUUAGAGUUACCCGAAGGACCCCUUGGCAGUCUAAUAGCAGAUUGCUGGGCAGAGCCAAACAAAAGACCUAGUUGUGAGGAAAUUCUCACUAGACUUCUUAGCAAUGAGUUAUCACUUUACUAUAAGUGAAUUCACUUUCCCUUUGCAUAGAGGAUCACAUUUGUAGAGGUGUUAAAUGAUGUAUGUGGCUCAAGUUUUUCACUUUCAUAUGAUUUACUAGUUGUAGAAACUUUGCUGUUUUUGUUGGUGUCAUUUACUCAUUUCUACUUCUCCGGAGGUAAUGGUAUGACCUACAUACAUUUUACCCUCCCCAGACCCUCACUAUGUGGGAAUCCACUAGGUUUGUUGUUGUUAUUGUUGUUGUUGUAAUAUUAGGAUGCAAUGGUAAGAAGUAAUGUAUUGCCGCGGAUGGGGUUGCUGUUCCCUUAAUCCGAGGUCUUGGUUUCAA